AUGUCAAGCUCAAAACAGAUAGACCAGUCCCCACUGCAGCCUGUGCAGGAACCCACGCCCAAGGGCAACCGCCGCCAGCCACCCAAAACCCAACCUCCUUCUGAAUUCACAGGAUGGGACCGCGAUCAGAUCUUUGCCGUCACGAAGGCCAUCCACCUUUACUGGAAAACAUUAAUGAUGUACAUCAAGCUCGUCACCGGUGCUGGCUCAGAGCAGAUUACCUGGGGCCCCAUGUGGGAUAUCAAGAGGACGCAACUGGAACAGUUCAAGGAGUAUGUAAAUGCCGUCAAGGUAUGCUUCGCUGCUAAACAGGAAUGGAGCGACGAGGACCAUUAUAAAUAUUGGGAUUUGAUGGAUGAGUAUCGCAAUGCCAAUAUUGAGUUCUCGGUGUUGCUGAAUACACAUAUCAAGUAUAUACCGCUGAAUAUUGCGAUAACUAAGGAGUUGGAGGAGUUGGAGACGGGGAAAAAAAUAAGAAGGGCAAGUAUCGUGGGCAGGAGGUCAACACCUCCGACGUUACCUUCUCCUAACUACCCCAAAUGA